UAAAGAGAUAGAGAGUGAGAGAGAGAGAGAGCGAGAGAGAGAGAGAGGGAGGGUGGAAGUUCCUUCGUAGUGGAGAGGGAAAUAAGAGGAUAUGAAAAGGGGCUGCGAGAGGUGGCAGGCCAGCUGCUAAGCUCAGAGCGCGUUGAUUCGUCUCGAUAUCGACUGCGUGGAUUAUGAAUUUUUUCGAGCUCGUACGUGAGUGGUUGAAAAGAGAAGAAGGAGAAGAAGAAAAAGAAGAGGAAGAAGAGGAGGGGGAGGAAGAAGUGGAGAAGAAAAAAUUUCAAGGACGAUUCGAAUAACGGUGAGAUAGCAAAAGGGUUAAUAGGAUGAAGUCGGAAAGUAAUAACGGAUACAUCAGGGCUAAUGUUAUCCCGGAACAAAAUGAACCCACGUCUCCCAUGGGACAAGACGUUUCAUUAACCGGAAGUCCACUUCAGGUUACCUAUGGGCCGAGAGGUGGUACAACAGUGACAAGCGUUCUUCGUCCAACGAAUACGAGAAGACAGGUUGCUGGAAUAACACGAGCAACUUCGGUAACAAGAAGACGAAGUGGGGCUCCUGCUAGGCAACAAAUGUUAGGCAUAUUGGCUAUCACAUUGCUCGGCAUUUCUCUAUUAACUUUACUUGUCUUGGUAUUGAAUACAACGCGGGAAUGCGUCCAAGAGCCACGUCCGAACGUGUGCAUGUCCGAAGAAUGCGUGAGAACCGCCGCAAGUUUGCUCUCAGCGAUGGACCAGACUGUUGCACCCUGUGUUAACUUUUUUCAAUACGCAUGCGGUGCUUGGAAUCGUUUGCACGUGAUACCAGAGGAUAGAAGUUCCAUCAGUACCUUCGAGGUACUAGCUGAUCAACUCCAGAUCAUUCUGAAACGUGUCCUCGAGGAAUCACCGAACGAGAACGACAAUCAUGCAACUCUGAAGGCCAAAAUGUUCUACAAAUCGUGCAUGGACAUCCCACGCAUACGGGAGAUCGGUGACAGACCUCUGAAGGAAACAUUGACAGCACUUGGUGGUUGGCCAGCAGUUAUUGGAGCAUCUUGGGAGCCACCACCUUAUCCAAUCGAGGUUCUCUUGGGUCGUCUACGUGGUGAAUACAACGAGGGCGUUCUAAUGGAGCAAUGGGUUGGCCCAGACGACAAGAAUUCCUCAACCAACAUCCUGCAGCUGGAUCAAAUGCAGCUGGCAUUACCCAGUCGUGAUUAUUAUCUGAAGAAGAACAGCGAGGCUGAAUUGGAUGCUUAUCAUCGUUAUAUGACCAACGUGGCUGUUUUGCUUGGCGCCAAUCGUGAAAAUGCAGCACUCGAGUUUAAUCGCGUGAUCGCCCUUGAAAAACAACUUGCCAAUGCUUCGUUGCCCGAGGCCGACAGGCAUGAUACCUCAAUGAUCUAUAGAAAGUUAACGUUGCGGGAACUACAGGAAGAGGUGCCGCAACUUAAAUGGAAAGUUUAUCUCGAGGAAUUCAUAAGCGCACCGAUUACCGAGGACGAGCCACUAGUGGCAUACGCGAUGCCCUAUUUCCUUCAAAUGGGUCGUAUCGUACAAAAAACCGAUCGCAGGACAUUGCACAAUUAUAUAUUAUGGCGAUUGGUGAUGUCCAUAAUGCCGCAUAUGAUAGACGAGUAUCAGCAAAAGAGAAUUGAAUUUCGUAAGAUAUUAUCAGGAAUUCUAAGCGAGAGAAAUAGAUGGUCCCAAUGCGUCGAAUGGACCAAUAAAAAUCUUGGAAUGGCUGUGGGUGCACUUUUCAUACGUGACAAUUUUAAUCACGAGAGCAAGGAAACAGCAUUGGAAAUGAUACGAACUAUACGCGAAGCAUUUAAUGAAUUGCUAGCCGAGAAUCAAUGGAUGGACGAUGAAACCAGGACCGUUGCCAAAGGAAAGGCUGAUUCAAUGAAUGAGAGAAUCGGUUAUCCAGAAUUUUUGAAGGAUCCGGUCAAACUUUCCUUCGAAUACGUGACGUUGAACAUAACGGAGGAUCAUUUUUUGGAAAAUGUUUUGGCGGUACAUAAAUACGACGCAUAUCACAAUCUUCAAGAAUUACGUCAACCGGUUGACAAGGAUAAAUGGUCCACGGAGCCAGCCGUGUUAAAUGCGUUUUAUAAUCCAAAUAAAAAUGACAUAGUAUUUCCCGCUGGUAUACUGCAACCGCUUUUCUACUCUCAGCACUUUCCUAAAUCAUUGAAUUACGGUGGAAUCGGUGUUGUGAUUGGUCAUGAAAUAACUCACGGAUUCGAUGACAAGGGACGACAAUUUGACAAGGAUGGCAAUAUGAUGCAGUGGUGGAAUAAUGCGACCAUUAAAGCAUUUCGAGAGAGGGCACAGUGUAUCGUAGAUCAGUACUCCCGUUACAAAUUACAAGAAGUUGAUCUUUACAUAAAUGGCCGAAUGACACAAGGUGAAAAUAUCGCUGAUAAUGGUGGAUUAAAACAAUCGUUUCGUGCUUACAAAAAGUGGGUUUCUAUACACGGAGAGGAACCAUUGUUACCUGGCGUGAAUUUAACUCACGAUCAACUUUUCUUCCUUAAUUAUGCACAAAUUUGGUGUGGCUCGAUGAGACGAGAGGAUGCACUAACGAAAAUACGCAGUAGCGUACAUUCACCGGGUCCGGUGAGAGUGUUGGGCCCGCUUUCAAAUAGUGAGGACUUCGCUAAGGCCUAUAAUUGUCGACCAGGCUCACCGAUGAAUCCAACGCGUAAAUGUAGCGUCUGGUAAAAAUGUUGACUAAGAAUUAUUAAAAGAAAAGAAAAAAAAAAAAAAAAAAAGAAAAAAAGAAACCAAAAAGAAAGUAAAGAAAAAGAAAGAAGAAUAAAAAGAUUUUUUUCGAAAGAUCUGAUCCAUUUGAAGGAUUUAUAAAAUAGAUAAAUACUUCAUGAGGAUACAGAGGAACGAGGUUCUCCUUGAUGUCAUUGCAGUACAUCCAAUAUGGAAUCCAUCUUUCGUGGUAGCCAUUUUGUCGGCCGCCAUUAAACGCGCAUAUCGAACUUUACACUUUUUUUCAUGAAAAUAAUGCAAUAAUAUAAACAAAGUCGAAGGAAAAAAAA